GAAACUAAUAUGUAAACAGGGCAAAAUAGCUUCCGUCAGUGUAUUGACCUUUGUCAUGAAUGGACAACGACUCACACGACUCACUUGAAGGUAACAGCUAUAACGUUUCCCGAGGUUUACUAUUUUAUAACAAGAUACCAGUUGGUGUGUUGAAUGAAUAGUGAUGGAGUUGUCACAGAGGGACCGGCUGUCAGAUCUGGUGGAGGAGCUGACCACAUCAGGACAGCCACAGCUCAACCAGGAUAAGAUGAAGGAAAUCAAGAAGAUCUGCAAAGUGUCUGAUGACUGCAUAGACCACCUGUACCACUUAGUGAUGGCCCAGCUCAACCAAGAACACGCUGAGGUGCGGCUGUCAGCCUUCCAGAUAGCCAGCGAGCUCUUCACCAGAUCGCACCGCUUCAGGACGCUGCUGGUAGACAACUUCCAGGAGUUCUUGGAGCUGACAGUGGAGACUGACUCAGAGCAGCCCCUCCCUCCUCCUAAAGAAGUAGCCAGGAAACUGAGGUCACUGGCCAUCCAGACUGUACAGUCGUGGCAGGCCUCAUAUGGGACAGCUUAUAAGAAGUUGGCACUGGGCUACCACUUUCUCAAACAGGUUAAGAAGGUGGACUUCCAGGAUGCUGAGGCUAGGACAGUAGCAGAGAGGAGGAGGGAGGAGGAAAGGCAAAGAAGAAUGGACAGGAUCUACAAGGAGAGAGUGGAGGCAGCAUCCAAAGACAUGGAAGAGUCGUACCUGGAAAUUAAGGCAACGCUGACAGAGAUGGAAUCCUGUAUGAGCCUACUUUUCCCUGAGUUUGGCCUCACAGACGUCCAGACAGUCAAUAGCAGUCCUUCAAACUCCCAACCAGCCACUGAAAGCCCAUCAGAUGAUGAACAACCCUGCUGCAGCAAAGACGUGAGGGAUGAUAAAAAAGAAGGAAUGAAUCCAGGGGGGGAGGAGAGCAGGGAGGGAAAGAAAAGCAGUGGGACAGAAGAGAAGAUGGAAGAAGACAAAGGAAUGAUGGAGAAGGGGAAGAGAGGGAAAGACAAAAAAGGGAAGGGAAAGAAGGAGAAAAUGUCUGAAGAUGAGGCGAGGGAGGAUGAGAAGAGGAGAGAUGGGAAUGAGCAACAGGAAGAGGAGGAGGAGGAGAAGGGAGGGAAGGUGGACGAUGGGGAAGAGAUUCAGAAAGAGCAGGGGGAGGAAAAGGAGGAAAAAGACAAGGAAGAGGAGAGAAGUAGUGAAGAGGAGGAGGAGCCUUUUGAUGAAGACAUGUUUAUUCGAAACUCAGGACUCAUCUCUCACUCCUACAGCCUGGACCUGAACCUCAGUCCUGGUCUUCAUGUGAAGGAGACAGAGGACAAUGAGGCGGUGGUUUCCACAGUCGUAGACCUCCACAGACUGAUAACAACCAAACACCUACCAGCUGUGCAGGGCUGGGUUCAGGUCUUCACUAGAGCAGGUGCAGAGCAGCAGCUGUUAAGGAGAGCACUGGACCUGAAGAAAUCUUUAGAAGCUGCGCUACAAAAGCAUAAAGAGCUGCACAUCGACUAUAAGACCAGGGCCCGCAAAGUGAUGAAGGCUUUUUCAGACGAAGAGGAUGAUGAUGACGAUUUCGAUGACGUUCCAGAAAAAGAGGGAUAUGAGCCGCACAUUCCUGAGCAUCUACGAGCCGAGUAUGGUUUGGAUCCCUCUCCUUCUACCUCAGCAGCACCCGUCCCAACAAAACCUCCGGCUAAGAGACCAGCAGCUCCACCCCCUCAGUGUUCGUCCUCCUUUUCUACCUCCAGGCGUCUGAAGCGACUCACGGAAGAGGAGCAGGAUCCGACCUGUGCAGCUGCCACACUGCGCCUCAUCAGACAGAACCUCCCUGUGCCUGCGCAGUCCAGCAGCAGCAGCAGCAGCAGCAGCUCCUCAGGUCCCAGUUCAUCACAGUCCGGUUCAGACCAGAAGCCCGUUGAUGCUCCUGUGGUGCCUUUUGGUUUGGACCUGUACUACUGGGGCCAGGAGCAGCCCAAUGCUGGCAAGAUCAUCAAGGCGACCUCUCAGCAUCAGUUCUGGGUUCCCUGUGAGGUGGAGGAAGAGGUGGAGAACGAGCAGCUGCUGGCAGAGAGCAGGAGCAGAUACAUCUCCUUCCCUGGAAACUUCACUCCUGUCAGCCAUCACUGCAGAGCUCCACUAGGUAACGGAAAUCUGUGUCAGAGGCAGGACCGGCUCAAGUGUCCUUUCCAUGGCCCGAUCAUUCCUCGAGACCAGGAGGGACGACCCUGCAGGCAGGAGGACCGACUCAGGGAGGAGCAGGAGGAGAGGAGGAGGAGGGAGGAGCAGCCUGACUGGCGUGAUGCAGAGCUGAUGCGAGACAUAGAGGCAGCGACAGGAGAAGACCUGGGCUCUGACAAAGUGGGGAAAAAAAGGAAAGGGAAGAAGAAGAAGUUCCCCAACCUCAGUGAUCUGAAGCAGCACGCCAACACGUCCCGCUCCAGGCUCGAGAAAAAAGUCUUCAACAAGAGCACCAUGCGCAGAGUUGCUCAGGUGAUGAGUAAAGCUGACAGAAGAAAACAUGACAAGUUCUCCAACCAGUUCAACUAUGCUCUCAACUGACCUCCAGCCCGUGAUGCCCUAUAUGCCUUUAAACUAACGUGACAUGGACUGAGUGCUUCCCUGUGACUGAAAGAAGGGAUUAAUAUGACUGAAGUCAUAUUUAAAACACUGUGUUUGGUGCAGUUGGAAUGAUUUAACUUGACCUUUUUAACCUUAACAUGUAUCAUCACCACAUUGUUCAGCUGGAUAUUUUCCUUUGUAUCUGCCAAAACCUGUUUUCAUUUUGGAUAACUGAAUUUCUAUACUUUCCUGCUUUUGUAUGUCGUCUAGUUGAAUUUCUUGUUCGUGUUUGUAUUUAUUUUGUCUUUUGUACCAGAAGUAAACUCUAAGUCUUUUUCCUCA